AUGCUGUGCAAGAUGAUAAAGGUCAGGAUUGUGAUCCAAACGACGCUGGAGCAGGGCCGCAUCCUUGAAGCCAAUGCCUUGCUGAAGGAAUGCGCCGAGCAUUCACGUUUUGUCAAGACUUGCUUUCCCAUGGCGGCCUUUGGAUCCCAAAGGCAGAUUCUCAUCGGCAUUGGCUGUUUGUUCGUGGCUAUGCUUUGGGGAGAUGAUCGGCUCUUGGUGAAAGGGUUGAAGCAUAUGGCUGGCCGGUUCCGAUCUUUGGGCAAUCAGGUCAUGGAUGGCUUCAAGGGGAAGUCGCUCAUCGAGGCGACAGACAUUACGCUUUUACGCCACCGUCGCACCAUGCAGCAGCUGCUCGGGCUGGACUUUUGCCGAUUCUUGAAUGGCUUGGCGAAAGAGCUUUUGAUGCAGGACCUUGAUGAUGUUUUCAUGAGAUCGACCCGCGACGGCGAUGUGGUGCUUCAUGGGAAUGCAAGUUUGACGUUUGAGGUCGAGCAGUACUAUGUCACUCGCCCACUGCCCGCGACCGCUCCUCCGGCUGUGACGGCAGCUCCAGCAGCUCCUGCGGCUACUGCAGUAGGUGGCGGCGAGGAGCGGGUUCGUUGCUAUUUCUUCCGGGGGUUAUGGGUGACUGGGAAGACCUCGGAGCCAGCUGACGCGAGCUUCCCGACCACCUCUACGCGAAGUUUGAAAGCCGAGCCGCCGAAAGAGGACGAAAGCGAUCCAGCGAAAUCCUUCAUGAUGCGAACGGCGGUGAGAUCGCUCGACGAAGCCUUUGCUGGAAAAGCCACCGAGGAGAAGAACGCCAAGGACAGCAAAGACAAGAAGAAAAAAAAGGACAGCAAGGACAAUAAGAAAAAGAAGGACAGCAAGAAGAAGAAAAAGAAGGGCAGCUCUUCCUCGUCGUCCUCGGAGAAGGAUGAGUCGAGCUCCUUAGAGUCCGAGGAUGUCGAUGACUCUGCCGCUUUGUUUGGCUUGACAAAGAAAGACAUGCAGAAGAAUGAGGAGAUCUUUAAGAUCGACGACUUGCCGAGCAGGAUGAUGGGGUUUGUGCUUUCCCAGGUGACAGAGAUGGUCUCCGCUACAGAUGUGUAUGAGUGUGGCGGUGAGCUGGAUCCUCGGCUCAGCUUGGUUUUGGGUUUCGGGCAGGGUGCAGGGUUUUAUCGGUCACGGGGUUAUGAAUCAGGAUUGCAAUUCUUUGUAUUUGUUGCAGGUUUACAAACAUUGUGCUUCGUAUGGGUUUGCUUUCUAGCCAACCAUAGAAAUUUGGGCAAUGUCAUUUCGGAUUUCUAUCCCUCCCUCUAUCAUAUGUAUAAUACCUCUAGACUUGUCUUGUUCUCUGUAACUGUAGUGAUAGAUUUUAGAUAG